AGAGUCUGCAGGAGGCAUGCAUCUGUAGGACAUAACUGAGGUCUGUUUCCAGAGGGCUCAGCCAACACUUCAGAUAUGGAGCUUUCCCGUGAAAAACUGUGGAUGGGUGUUGCAUGGUGCAUUUUCAAGCAACUUUGAAAGACUCCAAGUUAGGACUGUCAUUUGCGGACUAAUUCUUUAGGAAUCUAGUUGUGGUCCAGAAUACUCCGCUUGUGGCUGUCAAAAAGUUCCUGGUGGCCACCAGAGACCUUUCCCAGCUUGGAUCUAAUUGGAUGUGUUCCUAACACUUGGAAAAAGAUUUGGAGAACUUUCCAUGGAUCCGAACAUCCAGGGGUCUUUCCUCUUCAACAACAGCCUGAACCAGUUCCCCUCAGACCUGAAGGCACCAGUGUGCCAAUACUCAGUACCCAAUUCUUUCUACAAACUCAACCCCGGCCUUAACACCCAGCUGCAGCCGGGGACGCCCCACGGCAUCAGUGACAUCCUGAGCCGAUCCAUGGUGGGGGUCGGAUCAACCGGCACUACCACCCUGCUGUCUGGAUAUUCCCCCAUGGGAGGGUUCGGUCCCUCCGUAACCAGUACAUCCAUGUACUACAACCGAGACUACAACUCCUCGCUGGGGGGCUUCUCCAAAAGCGCUGCAGAGUGCCCGAUGAAGGGACGUAGUAUGAGCUGCUGGGCAGAGAGCAGCUGUGACUGGAGAGGAAGACAGCAGUGCACCAGCGGCAGUGGUCCACUUGGAGAAAUGCCCAGCAGGAAGAAACACACCAGACCAACAUUUAGUGGACACCAGAUAUUUGCUCUGGAGAAAACCUUCGAGCAGACGAAGUACUUGGCCGGGCCAGAGAGGGCUAGACUGGCUUAUUCUCUGGGAAUGACUGAGUCACAAGUUAAGGUGUGGUUUCAGAACCGACGCACCAAGUGGAGGAAGAAGAGCGCCUCAGAGCCCAGCUCCACGCAGGCCAGCCACGCUGGGCAGGGCGGGGAGGCCUCGGAGAACGAGGUGGAGGACGAGGAGUACAACAAGCCCCUGGACCCCGACUCAGAUGACGAUAAGAUCCGACUGCUGCUGCGCAAACAUCGCAGGGCUUUCUCUGUGCUUAGACUGGGGCCGCACCCCGUUUGACACACACACAUUCUACUUAACAGACCCGCAUGUUGUGAUUAAAAGAACAUUUGUUUAAAGUUUGGGGGGAAAUGGACUCAGCAUGAACAGAUGAGGUCCAACAGAAAAUGACAAAAACAUUCUGAAAUUAGAAUUUGAAGAAAAGGAUCCUUCUGGCCUGUUAUUAUUAUUAUUCCCUAUGAAUAAUUGUGCAAAAUCCAGAUUUAAAAAACAUAUAUAUAUAUUAUCCGUAAAAAAUAAUAAUAAUUGAUAUCUUUUUGUGGGGUAAAAAUAGAAAGAAUAGCAAAUCUUUUCAACACACCAGGCCUAUAAAUGCUCCAAUGCAGAGUGUUUAAAUGAAAUAUAUUGUUUGCAUUAAAAAGUGCAAAAUAAUAAAAGGUAAAACAAGUAGGAUCAUCUACUGAGUUGAAUCCUAAUUAUAAAUUGUAACAUGCUGAUUGUUCUUGUGUGCAUUGAUUAAAAUACAUGUUGCUUUUAAGUUAUUAAAUAUCCUGUAAAAAUGUUCAGUUAAUGUAAAAUGAAUGCACUUGAAAUUGCACACAAUAAAAGAUUAUGAGUUCAUUA